AUGUUUUCCGAUCUUCCAAAGGAAAUAGAAGAGGAGAUACUCUCUAGGGUUCCGGUCGAAUCGCUGAGACAGUUACGAGCCACUGCCAAAAGAUGGUACCAUCACCCUUUGUUCAGAGAUCCAAAGUUCAUCAAAAGGCACUUUGAUAGAACACCACCAAGCAAGUAUCAUAAAGCAAUCGUCUUGCAUGAGUUUAAGAUUCAAUCUAUGAGCUCAUACCUCUUUCAUCGCCGCAUAAGCCCUUCUAAGUUUCUUCUCAUCGAUCCCGUCAGUAACAAAAAGGUUGAUAUAGCUCACGCUUUUCACUGCGAUGGCAUUCUGUUAUGCACCAACACCAAGGACAACCGGUUUGUGGCUUGGAAACCUUUUAAGGGGCAAACCAGAUGGAUCCAGCCGAGGGAGAAUGGCAUGAUGAGCAGCUACAGAAGCUACGCUCUUGGUUACGAUAACAAGGAGUUGUGCCGUAGCUACAAGAUCUUGAGGUCUCUGGAGGAUCAAACUGUGGAAAUGUACGAGUUUAAGUCUGACUCAUGGAGGAAUCUUGAUGGCGUCUCUCCUGGUGGAAGCUUUGAGUCUCUCGGCGUGUCUUUGAAAGGGAAUGCUUACUGGAUCUCGAGAAGAGGAGGAGCCAAAGAGUACUCGCUGCUCGAGUUUGAUUUCUCAACAGAGAAGUUUCAGAAUCACUACCUUCCCUUCAACGAAGCAGACUGUUUGGGUCCUUAUGUUCUCAAAGAAGGUUUGAACAAUUUAGCUCUCUCGGUUGUUAAGGAAGACCGUCUCUGUUUGCUCUAUGAGAGUAAAACGAAAUCAAAGAAUGAGAUAUGGAUGAGUAGUGAGAUUGGUGGUGAGACCGGGUCUGUGUCUUGGUUCAAGUACUUGGCAGUGGAGGCGACACCAUUUUACACGAGGCACGUGAGUUUCUACAUUGACGAGGAGGAGAAACUUGCCACUUGCUUCUAUAAUCACGAGCGACACAUGCAAUGUCUUGCCAAGUAUAACAAAUUUGGAGAUGUUGCAACGAGGAAAGGACUUCCUGGAAUGGAUGGAUACGAAGGUUUCGGUUGGCUUCCUAGCACAGCAUGUGGGCCAAUUGUGUUUGGUUAUCUUCCAUGGUUUGAUUAA